AUGCCAAGAUCUAUUCAACGUCAGUCAACAUACAAAGAAGAUGAAGAUGAGAGUGAUGACGAAGAGUCUGACAUACCUCGUAAAUUGGAGAAAGAGAUUGAAGAAUUUAUUGAGAAAGAACCUGAGGAAGAGAAGGUUGUAGCAACAUCUCCAAGUGGGAGAUUUUUAAAAUUUGAUGUAAAGAUUGGUCACGGAUCUUUUAAAGCGGUUUUCAAAGGUCUGGAUACUGAAACUGGAGUUCAUGUUGCCUGGUGUGAGCUGCAGGAUCGAACCUGGCAGAAAAGUGAGCAUCAGCGUUUCAAAGAAGAAGCAGAAAUGCUAAAAACUCUCCAGCACCCUAACAUUGUCAGGUUUUACGACUACUUUGAGGAGACCCCAUCAAAAAACAAGAAAAUAAUUGUUCUUGUUACUGAACUUAUGACCUCGGGAACUCUUAAAACUUACAUAAAGAGAUUCAGUCGAAUUAACAUGAAAGUUUUGAAAAAUUGGUGUCGCCAAAUCUUAAAGGGUCUACUUUUUUUGCAUAGUCGUACUCCGCCUGUCAUUCACAGGGACUUGAAAUGUGACAACAUCUUCAUUACCGGUACAACUGGAUCUGUCAAAAUUGGCGACUUGGGUCUUGCCACUCUGAAAAAUAAAUCUUUUGCAAAAAGUGUUAUAGGUACGCCUGAAUUUAUGGCUCCUGAGAUGUAUGAAGAACACUAUGAUGAGGGGGUGGAUGUAUAUGCAUUCGGAAUGUGUAUGUUAGAAAUGGCAACGGGAGAAUACCCAUACAGUGAAUGCUCCAAUGCAGCUCAAAUCUAUCGGAGGGUCACUAUGGGUAUGAAACCUGACGCCAUUGCUAAAGUUGAGAAUGCAGACAUGAGGGACAUAAUAGAAGGUUGUGUCAAAUAUCUCAGCAAAGAAAGAUAUACUGUGAAAGAACUUUUGCAAUGUGACUUCUUCAGUGAGGAUACAGGCAUAAAAGUCGAGUUAAUAAAAAAAGAAGACAUGAACACAGAUACCAUUGAGUUCUGGUUGAGGGUCGAUCCGAAAAGGCGCAAACAACAGCACAAGGAAAACGAGGUCAUUCAGUUUGAGUACAACAUGAUAAAUGAUGAUCCGGAUAAGGUAGCCAUGGAAAUGGUAAGCAGAUUGGUUUCGUUAUUAUGCCUCUAUUCAUUUGCUAUUUAA